CGUUCGCCCGCCGCGCCGCGAGGAGCACCUACCCCGUUCGCUGCCGCCGCCGUCGCCCCGCCGCGGGCACUUCCCCGUCGUACUCGCGCUCGCCCCGCGCCGCCGCCGCCGCCGCCGCCCCCCGGGGGCCGGUGUCCGUGAGCCGGCCGGGCCCGCCUCCGCCAUGGAGGACGAGCUGCGGUGCGGCGUGUGCAAGCAGCUGUUCAACAACCCGGUGCUGCUGCCGUGCGCGCACGCGCUCUGCCUCAACUGCGCCGUGCACCUGCAGCAGCCCGCCGCCAACACCGGCGCCAGCGCCGCGGCCGCGCUGCCCCCGCCGCCGCCCUCGCUGCUCGCGUCGGCGCCGCCCUCCAGCGGCAGCAGCACCAGCAGCGAGAACAGCGGCGACAAUGUCGCCACGGCCUGCUCCACCGCCUCGUCGGCGUCCUCGGCCGAGGCCAGCAGCGCCAGCAGCGGCGCCUCGGCCAGCGGCAGCGUGGCCGGCAGCGUGGCCGGCAGCGUGGCGGGCAGCGUCGCGGGCAGCGACUGCCUCCAGGAGAUGGACAAGCUGUCCAUCCUGAGCGAGACGGACAGCGGCGUGGUGUGCACCAGCAGGCCCAACAGCUACGUCGGCACGCCCAGCAACCUCAUCUACCCGCCGCUGGCCACCACCACGGCGCUCUCGCUCGCCUGCCCCGUCUGCAGCAAGAUGGUGUACUUCGACGAGAACGGCGCGCACAACCUGCCCAAGUACCGGGCCAUGCAGAGCAUCGUGGACAAGUACUGCGAGGCGCGCCAGCUCAUCAUCCAGUGCCAGCUCUGCGAGGGCGACCCCGCCGAGGCCACCGUCAUGUGCGAGCAGUGCGAGGUGCUCUACUGCGACGCGUGCCGCGAGGCGUGCCACCCGGCGCGCGGCCCGCUGGCGCGGCACACGCUGCUGGAGCCGCGGCAGGGCAAGGCGGCGCUGCGCUGCAAGCUGGGCCGCGGCGAGGCGUCGUGCGCCGAGCACACCGACGAGGCGCUGUCGCUCUACUGCCUCGUGUGCCGGGCGGCCGUGUGCGCGCUCUGCCUGCACGACACCCGGCACGCGCACCACGACGUGCAGGCCAUCAACGCCAUGUGCAAGGCGCAAAAGACUGAGCUAUCGCAGAACCUGCAGCAGCUCUCGGAGAAGGCCAAGAGCACCACCGAGUUCAUCCAGAGGCUCAAGGGCAUGGCGGACAAAGUGAACGUCGGCUCCAUGCUCAUCACACGGGUGGCCAACGCGGACCUGACCUGGUACAAGGACGUGGCCACGCAGGCCAGGAUAUCGCCGCACGCCGACCUCACCCUGGACGACCAGUCGGCGCGCCGCGCCAUCACGCACCUCAACUUCAUCCAGAUGAAACCCGCCAAAGACGGAGAGGAAAGGAGACCGGCAGCGCCCGGCGCGCCCACCGUCAUCCCGGAGGAGUGCUCGGCCGAGAACAACUCGGUGACGGUGGCGUGGCAGCCGCCCGUCACCUCGUGCGUGCAGGGCUACGUCCUGGAGCUGGACGACGGCCACGGCGGCGACUUCAGGGACGUGUACUGCGGGAAGGAGACCAUCUGCACCGUAGACGGGCUCCACUUCAACUCGAUGUACAACGCUCGCGUCAAGGCCUUCAACUCCUCGGGCGAGGGCGAGUACAGCGAGGUGAUCGGCCUGCAGACGGCUGAGGUGGCGUGGUUCACGUUCGACCCCAACCUGUCGCCGGGGCUGCAGUUCUCGGCGGACCACUGCGCGCUGUCCUGCCCCGGCUACGAGCACCGCGUCGCCCUGGGCUCGGUCGGCUUCAGCCGCGGCGUCCACUACUGGGAGUUCAGCGUGGACCGCUACGACUCCGACACGGACCCCAGCUUCGGCGUGGCCAGGAUGGACGUCGCCAAGGACCAGAUGUUGGGCAAGGACGACAAGGGCUGGGCGAUGUACAUCGACAGGCAGCGGUCCUGGUUCCUGCACGGCGAUGCCCACGCGCAGCGCUGCGAGGGCGGCAUCCAGACGGGCACCACGGUGGGGGUGCUGCUCGACCUGGACAGGCACCAGCUCAGCUUCUACGUCAACGAGGAGCCCCAGGGCCCCAUCGCCUUCCACGACCUGUACGGCGUGUUCUACCCCGCGGUGAGCGUCAACAGAGGCGUGUCCGUGACGCUGCAUACGGCCCUGGACCCUCCCACGGACUCGGACGACACCUGAGGAGGGCUGUGGGGCGGGGGAGCCGUCCCCCGUCCCCGGACCACCUACUGGCCCGCCCCCGCUGCCGCCCCCGGCGCUGCCGACCCCACCCCCGACACCCUCCCGUGGGACCAUGCUCAGCAAACACAUAUCUCUCCUCCCAGGGGGGCCGACGCCUCCAACACGACCCCGACGAACUCGGACCCCGAGCCGGCCGGGCCCCGGCCAAGUGUGUGAUGAAGGAAGAGCCAGGGUUUUGGUUUGUACCGACGCGACGGAUCUCUACGGUGAGGGGCGUCUGUGUCUCCAUCAUUGCAAACAUCGUUCGCCUGACUGCAGUUGAUUUUUCGAGACUGAAUCUAAUCUCUGAGUUUGAUAUAUGACUCGUUCAUGUAUUCUACACAGUAACAAACACAAGUUGCUCUUACUCAGCUGAGUGAAGUACUGCGAAUGUUUUGUUUCUUAACAGACUGUACUUAUAUGAGUAAGUUUGCAGAAGGAUAUUUGUGUUCUAGAUCACCAUAUACAUUUUUUUUAUAAAAUGUUAAAAUAAUUGAUUGGUUUUUGAGGAAGUUUUCUCCUUUUCUAUUUCAUCAAAAAAGAGCGAGAGAAGGGGGGGGGGGGGCACAUAUACCUUUAGUAGUAAAGACAGUCUUGGGGACUGUCUAAAAAUGAUCAGAAACAAUAAAUUCAUUCAUACCAAAUUGGUAUACAAGUGAAGAAGAGGAAACUUCCACAAAAACCCUCAGACCACCCCAAAAUGAUGGACCUUGAUCAUUGAUUUCAUUUCCUGUUGAAAUUACACAGGAUCUUGUGUAGCCUAGUCAUUCAAUCAAUUCACUAUGAUGUCAAUGUGAAUGAGAUAUUUCUGUUUUAAUAGUAAUUAUUCAUUGGAUGAAACUCUAAAAUAUAGAGGCCAUAAUACGACUGACUGUAAAUAGAUUGAGUAAUUAAGAUUGUUUUUAUUUCUUACUCUUUGUAAAGAUUUUAAGUUAUAAUAUUGUAAACAUAUAUCCACAUUUUACAUCAUGGUUUAUUUAAUGUGCUUGACAAGAUUUUGCACUUUUCAUUUGAGUGCAUUUGAGACUUCAAAAACACAAUCCCAUCUUAAAAUAUGAUUUGAAAGAUUCAAACAAUGAUGAUGCAGUUACAAUAGAUCUCACAUACUUGCUUCAAGAAAGGAAUAAUCUUCCUUUGCAUUAUUUUUAUCCUUUACAUUAUUUUCAACAAAGACAGGUUUAAAAAUAUUGCUUGCAUGUCAGGUGUGAUUAACUACCAAGUACUGUACAUACUGUUCACUGAGUUUAAACAUAGGUAAGAAAAACAGAACUGUCAUCUCAUUAUGCACUAAAUGUUGUAAUGCAGUA